GAGCUAUUGAAAACAAUAGGUGCUGGUUUAUACCUGACACAAAGUUAUUUCCUGCACGCAGUGAACUUUGCUUGUACAACUGUUCAGUAACAAAUCCACAGGAAAAAAAGACUACAUCUAUUUACAAUGGAGAAGAUACCACGUGUGAAAAUGGGGGAAAAUGGUACACAGGUAUAUGGUGUGUACCCUUAUCCCCCAACACAUUCACGUGACCCAGGAUCACAACUGGGACACUCUCAAGCCAGUCAUCAACAGGAUUACCCACCAGGCUAUCUUUCUCAGGAAUACCCCGCUCCAAGGUAUCCACCUCAGGAAUACUCAUGGCCGGGGGGCCACCCUGCAAAUGAACCAUAUCAAGGCUCCACAGGGGCUUCUCCACAAUCAUUCGUUGAUGCACCUCCGGAAUAUCAAAAUGAAUUUGCCAAUGAAACAGCGAAGAACUUUUCAGAGAAAGUCAUAAGGAGAGCUUUCAUUAGGAAAGUGUAUCUCAUUUUAGUGGUUCAAUUGUUAAUCACCAUAGGAAUAAUCUGCAUGUUUCUUUAUUGGAGAACCUUGAAUGUAUGGGUAAACCAAACUUAUUGGUUUACGUACGCUUUGUUUCCUGCCAUCUUCAUUUUAAUCAUUAUCUUAUCUUGCUGUGAUGGUGUUCGACGUAAAGCACCUUGGAACAUCAUGCUUCUUUUAUUAUUUACUAUUCUGGAAGGCUUGCUGCUGGGAGCUGUUUCAGUUUUUUAUGGUGCUGAUGCAGUGAUGUGGGCUGUUGGUGCAACUGUAUUUGUGUCUCUUGGAUUAACACUAUUUUCUCUGCAAACCAAGUGGGACUUUACAGCAAAAAGUGGAGUUUUAUUCGUGGUACUAUUGGUUUUAGUAGCAUUUGGGAUUCUAUGUGCCAUAAUACAAUCAUUUUGGCUCCAGAUCAUUUAUGCCUCCUUAGGAACAUUGAUCUUCUCGAUUUACCUGGUGGUUGAUACUCAAUUAAUGCUGGGAGGAAAGCACAGAUACAGUCUGAGCCCUGAAGAGUACAUAUUUGCGGCAUUGAAUCUCUACCUUGACAUCAUAAAUCUCUUCCUUUUCAUACUCCAAAUUAUUGGUCUGAGUCGUUAGUAAGUUUCUAAGAAAAUAUAUUAAGCAUAUAACAUGCUAAUCGUAAAUUCAGCUAAUGCAUAUGAUUAUUUAUGGGUGAUGCUUUUUGAAAAUAAAAGCUGCUUUUCCAGAGAGAAAAUAUCUGUUAAAUUAGAUGAUGAUGGGAAAAAAAAGUACACUAAACUUUCAACAGUUGUGGCUCUGAUUUCACUGCACCAGUUCAAAAGGAAGAGUUUUAAAUGCCACGCUAUAGAAUCCGAACGGUGUCCAUAACUUACGACAUACAUAAACCCAUUAUCAAAAUUCCCCCAAUAAGAUAAAUUUAGAAAGAAAACAACUGGUAGGUACCCAAAUUAAAAGAUAUCUUGAGUAGAUUUGUAACUUGAGUUGUGAAUAUUGUGCUUGGUUGGCUCGCUGAACUGGUUUGUUAGUCCACAGAAGUUUCAUUACCCUGCUGGGUAACAUCAUCAGUGCAGCGCUGUUGUGUUUUCCUGCCUGGUAUUUAAACUCUGGGGUGUGUUGGAAUUGGUUACCUCAUUUCCAGUUUUUCUUCGCAGUGGUGUACACAUGGGGUCUAGUUCUACAUGUUUAUUGAUGGCCUUCUUGGUGGAGAACCAAGCCUCUAGAAAUUCCUGUUUGGCCUCUCCUAGGAUCUUGAUGUUGUUCCGGUUGAACUGGUGGUUCUCCUGAUCCAUGUGAAUGGAGACGCAUGAGUUUCAUGGGAGGCUGCACUGAUGAUGCUACCCAUCAGGGUGAUGAAACUUCUGCGAACUAACAAACCAGCUCAGCGAGCGAACUAACCACAAUGCAAGAUAUCAUGUUAUCAAUGCUUCCUUUGUCUUUAGGUCAGAAAUCAAACAACACCAGUUUAAUGUCUUAAUACAUUAGUGUUUAUUCCAAAAUGUCUGCACCUAUUUGUGAUAUAGAUUAGUAAAAAUUGUACAAUAGUACAAUUGAAAAUUAAAAGUGCUGAAUAUAAUAGUUUUUAAAAUUGUGAAAUUGAAGUAAGCCAGAAAAGUACUUCAGUUCAUAUAUCUCUAAGUCUGGGAAUAUUUUCCAAAUAAUUAUGAAAACGUCCAGUGAAGAAUUAUGACAAUAAUUAAGGGAAGAUUAAAAGGGCUGUUACCAUGAAUAAAAGAUUAAAGAAUUCAAAAAGAUUGAAUACUUUGACAGGAGAAACGCAGUUCACAAUGCCAAAUUAUAUAUGUUUGCAUCUAUAAGCUUAACAACAACAAAACACAGAAAAGACAUAGAUGAAAGAAAAUACAAACUAGCGCAUCUUUUUCAUGAUUUAAAGGCAUCAUAAUGUAGAAACUGAUAAAGGAUCCACAACUAUCUGCGAAUUUUCACAACCGAGAAUUAUGUUAUUAUCUUAAACCGCAGGUUCCUGGCCAAGGUAAAGAAAGUUGACCACGGCCAGACUCACGAGUGUGACCUCCCGAGGAUCAGUAGGAUCCAUAAGUUAAUAGAUAUUGACAGCUAUAUGAAUUUACUUAGAAUAAGAGAGAAUUGUCCUUCAGUCAAAAUAAAGGUUAUCUGAACCAAGUUUGGAAAAACGAAAUGAGAGGGAUGUAGUUACAAUUAAGAGAUAAGACUUAUAUAUGAAAAUAUUAUUUUUGUAACCCGAGAUAAACUACACGCAUUGAGGAGCAAACUAAAAGACAGUCUGAUUUAUUAGGUUUACUUAGAUGUCAGAUUCACUUAACUGGCUUAGGCACCACUUUAAUAUUUGAUGGCUAGACCACUUAAGAUAAUCUUUUUGUAACAACUGAAAUUUAGAAAUGUUCUGUACUGGAAAUAGGACUGCACCAUCACUUUCUUCAGAAUGUAUUUAACGUGUGUUGCAUUACCAUGAUUUUGAAUUGCAAGUUUCGUUAUUUAAUAAACUUACAUGUACAUUUUUGAAUUGA